CCUGUCGAAAAAGGCAUCGAUGGUUGCGGUGAAGUCUCUUAUGCAUUUAGAAGGUUCUUCGCGCAGGCAUAAAACCGGCGACGGCGGAGAAGAAGGCGAAAGAGUGGAAAUGGCGGACGACGAAGAGCCUCCCAUGGCUGUCCUAAUCGAACCUGCCUUCUCCUACGGACUGACUACGCCGGAAAAAGAACGAUGCGUCACUGUUUCGGUGGGUGUCACCGUCAUCACCGGCUAUCUCGGCGCCGGAAAAUCCACCCUUGUGAAUUAUAUAUUGAAUGGGAACCACGGGAAGAGAAUCGCGGUGAUAUUGAAUGAGUUUGGCGAGGAGAUAGGAGUGGAGAGGGCCAUGAUUAACGAAGGGGAAGGAGGUGCACUUAUCGAAGAAUGGGUUGAGCUUGCUAAUGGCUGUAUUUGCUGCACGGUAAAACAUAGUCUUGUUCAAGCUCUUGAGCAGCUUGUGCAGAGAAAAGACAGGCUUGAUCAUAUAUUGCUGGAGACUACUGGUUUGGCAAAUCCAGCGCCUCUGGCUUCUGUUCUUUGGUUGGAUGAACAGUUAGAAUCGGAGGUCAAGCUUGAUUGCAUUGUCACGGUGAUUAUCAAAUCACAUUUCUUAUUGCUUCUUUUCUUGGCCUAGCUCGAACGUGAUU